AUGGUGGAGUUUGCGACAGGAGCAGGCAUUUGCUUCGUGGUGUGCGUGCUCGGGCUCAGCCGCACGGUCCGCUGUCUGGCGGGCCACUGCAUCUCCUCCCUUCUCCUCGGGUUUGUGGUCCUCGUGGCCUACUGGCGACUCUACGUCGAGUUCAUGAGCGGCAGGUGGUGGCGCCCGGACGUGGCCCUCCAGCGACUACUUCGACCAGCAGAGCUGCACGGCACCAAGGCCGUCGAUGAGGUUAAGCACAGCUUCGACACU